AUGGAAAAGUACAACGUUGAUGUGCUAGCGGUUCAAGAAGUACGAUGGCAAGGAUGUGGUGAAAUUGAAUGCAAUGGUACAAAAUUCCGUUUUAGUGGUGACGCUGAAAGGUCUGGUAGGUCUGGGACUGGAUUUCUGCUUAACAAACGAGUGGAAAAAUCGUUUUUGGGCUUCAGACCAAUAAAUGACAGAAUAUGUGCCUAUGCUCCAACAGAAGACGCAGAUGAUAUCGCUAAAGAGACCUAUUAUACAGACUUAGACGAGACAUUGAGCAAAACUCCAUCACAUGAUACAAAAAUAUUACUUGGAGACUUCAAUGCAAAAAUUGGAAGAGAACAAUACAAUUCUAAUGUAGCUGGCUUACACUCACUACACACCGUGUCAUCAGACAAUGGUAAACGGUUAUGUCAGCUUGCAACUGGUUCCGGUAUGUACAUUAGCAGCACGCAUUUUCCACACAAAAAUAUACACAAGGGCACAUGGCAGCUACCAGGUUCAACAACAGUUAACCAAAUAGAUCAUGUUCUUAUUGACCAUAUUAAGAAAUCGUUUAUCCUUGAUGUUCGUAGCUGUAGAAGUGCGAAUGUCGAUAGCGACCAUUUUCUGGUAAAAGCCACAGAGCAAAUCAACAUCUGUAAAGACAAAGAUGGGGAACUACUAGUAGAAAAAGAGUGCAUUAUCAAAAGAUGGCAGGAACAUUUUCAAGAACUUUUCAACAUUGGUUCGGAAAGUAAUAACCUAUCCUUAACAGACUUAGCUACAAGUACAGAACAAGAACCUGAACCCACUCUUGAGGAAUUUACAGAAGCCAUAAAGCAAGUGAAAAACGGAAAAUCACCGGGUGAAGAUAGUAUAUCAGCAGAGCUCAUUAAACAUUGCGGAGAAAGCGCAAAAAUAGAGCUGUUUACAUUAAUCAAACGUGUCUGGGCUGAAGAAAUGCUGCCGGAAGCGUGGCUCACUGGCAUAGUAGUACCACUGCACAAGAAAGGUGACAAACUAGAUUAUCAAAUAGCACAGUGCCUCCAGAGCUCACUCUCUACCGACAUCGAUGAGCUCAAUGCAUCAAAAGACUAUCUAGAACAAGCUGCAGUCACCAACUUACCGGAAUUUAUAAAGUUCCUUUCAGACAUACUUGCUGGCACACAUUAUCCUCAAUUGGUUCGUAUGGCGGCUGGUCUACAAAUCAAGAACUAUUUAACAAGUAAGAAUGAGAAUGUUCUAUUACUCUAUCAAAAGCGUUGGUAUGAAUUCCCAGAACAAACCAGAGAGUACAUAAAAACAAACGUUUUAAAUGCGCUAGAUAUGGAAAUAACUCGCCCUCUAUGUGCUACUCAAAGUGUUGCCGUACUUGCUGUUCUGGAACUUCAGGUAAAUCGCUGGAUUGAGAUUAUUCAAACUCUAGCUAAUAAAGUUCUUGAGCAUCGAUCAAAAGAUAUUGUUCGCGAAGCGUCACUUGAAACAAUUGGUUACAUAUGCCAAGAUCUACGCUGUAACAUUUUAGAGUGUCAAUCCAAUGCUAUACUUACAUCUAUAGUUCACGGCAUGCGCAAAUACGAGCCCAAUAAUAACAUUCGUUUAACUGCCACUAAAGCUUUGCUGAAUUCGCUUGAAUUUGCUAAAAAGAAUUUUGAUGUUGAAUCGGAACGAAAUGUUAUUAUGGAAGUAGUAUGCGAGGCAUCUCAAUCAGCUGAUAUUGAUCUUUGCGUCUCAGCGCUUCAAUGCAUUGCUCAUAUUGCAACUCUUUACUAUCAUCACAUGGAAUCAUAUAUGGCAGACGCUUUAUUUAACAUAACUUCUGAGGCAGUGAAAUCAGAUAUUAAAGAAAUAUCGCUCCAAGGUAUCGAAUUUUGGUCAAGUAUAUGUGAUGAAGAGCUUUGCCUCAUAAUGGAGCAAAAGCAAUGUGAUCCAAGAGAUUGUUUCCCACAAAAUCAUUUAAAACAUUACGCUCGAGGAGCUGCGCAACAUUUAGUUCCAAUUUUGAUCGAUAAAAUCAUAAUGCAAGAUGAGUUUAUAAAUGAUGAGAACUGGAGUCCACCAAAAGCGGCUUCAUUGUGUCUUUUACUAUUUGCUAGGUGCUGUGAAGAUGAGAUUCUGCCCUAUGUUAUACCUUUUAUAACGAGUAACAUUGACGCUCUCGAGUGGCGUUACCGUAAUGCUUCAAUUAUGUUAUUUGCAGCAAUUUUGGAUGGUAUACAAAAUAAUGCUCGGGAGGAACUUAUUAAGUAUGCAAUACCUAAACUCAUUCAGUUAUUAUCUGACAAAAAUUGCAUUGUGUGCGACACUACUUCAUGGACGUUCGACCGCUUAUGCGCUGUAGCUUCUGAAACUGUCAUAAAGGAUGAUCAUUUUCAAAUGUUGUUGCAGUAUUUUCUUAAAAAUCUAAAAUCGGAACCAAAUAUAGCAGCCGGUGUUUGUGGUGCUAUAAUAGGACUUGCAAAGGGCGCCUAUGAAUUGGCUAAUAUGGAAAAAAAUGUUUUUCCAGAAACGUACUGUCUUUCACCAUUUUUUGAAAACAUUGUCAGUCAGAUAUUAGAGACAACUCAACGGGAGGAUGCAACAUCAAGUAAUCUACGCGCAUCCGCUUACGAUGCGCUUAUUAAUUUAAUUUCGAACUCUCCAAUCGAUUGCCUUCAUAUAGUUGAGCGCGUAACUACUCUUAUAUUGCAUCGCCUUAACUAUUUUCUUGGCCAAGCUGCGAGUACACAGAAUCAAGGCGAUCGACAACAGAUUACGGAUAUACAAUCGUUACUCUGUGCUACGUUGGAAAGCGGCUUGCGGAAAUUGCCAUAUGAGAUCGUUGAACAGUUAUCCGACAAUAUUAUGGUAGCUGUAUUUACCAUGUUCAACUUAAGCACUGGCCGAAUGGAUGGCACACUUGAAGACGGGUUUUUGGUUAUAAGUGCGCUUGUUGAAAUUAUUGAUCAUGUUUUUCUUAGAUAUAUGGACGAUUUUAAGCCUUUCUUGUGUGAUGGCCUAAAGAGACAUAAUGAAGGAAACUUAUGCUCUGUCACUGUUGGAUUAACUGCAGACAUAUGUCAAGCUCUAAAGCAUCAUAUAUUACCUUACUGUGACGAGCUCAUGACAGCAUUGAUAUCACUUUUACAUGAACCGUUAUUAGACUGCAGUAUUACGCCACAGAUUCUAUCCACAAUUGGCGAUGUAGCAAUUGCUGUUGGCAGAGAUUUUUUAAAAUAUUUAAACACUGUUCUUGAUGUUCUACGUUCUGCUACAUGUUUACAAUAUCAGACGAAUACUGUUGACGUAUCUGAUUACGUUGUUGAUCUAAGAAAAAGCAUAUUAGAAGCAUAUACAAGUAUUAUUCAAGCAUUAAAAGGAACUGAUGCCCAGCCAAACUCUGAUGUUCAUUACUUGGAAACCCAUUUGGUUGAUAUAAUUAACUUUAUUAAAUACAUUGCCGCAGAGGAACACUGUUCUGAUUCACUAGUCACUGCCAUUGCAGGGUUUGUUGGUGACCUAUGCACAGCUUUUGGAUUAAAGGUUAAUUCUUUACUAGAUGACUUCAUUUUAACGGAGCUUCUUUCCAAUGGGAGACAAUCAAAUGUGAAAAAUACCAAAACUAUGUGCUUGUGGUCAUUAAACGAACUUAAGAAAUUAAGAACGCUUCAACUUAGUCAUCAGUAA